AAGGUUUGGUUGUUUUAUCAUGGAUGAUGUGGGGGUUUGUUAUUCAAUGCAUUGGUUGCAUUCAGGCGUUAUUAGGCUGGUAAAGUUGUAGCGGAUACACGGUAAUGGCGCGGCAGUGAUAAACAACCUAUACCGAAUGUUAUAAAUAUGAAGGUUUGUAUUUUCACACUCUUGUUGAUUUUUUCUGAAAAUAUUUUGGCAAAUUCUGAAGAAGGUCGAUAUCUUUUAUACGACUGCAAUCCUGGAGAAGGCUUCAAUUUAAGAAGAGAUGUAUUUAUCAGAAUUGUCAACUUGGUUAAAUAUUUGAACACGAAAGAAAAAUGGACUUUAGUUCUACCACCUUGGGGAGGAAUUGGCUACCAUUGGAAAGAGAGAAACAUGGAACAAAGUAAAAUACCAUGGUCAAAAUUCUUCGACGUUGAAAGUUUAAACAAACACGUGAAUGUUAUGGAAUAUGAGGAUUAUGUUGAAAAAAUAGGAGAAGCUGUCAUUGAUGAAAUAUGGUAUCUUCAAACAUAUGCUGAGGGUAUUGAUUUUAAUAAUUGGGUUGAUAAAACUGAUGAAAGACCAUGUAUUGAUACUCCUGUUUAUGAGUCUGAUGAUAACGGAAAAAUUAGAGGCUGGUUUUGGGGGUAUGAGGAGACAUAUGCAAAGAAAUUCAAAUGUGUUUCAGCACUUGGUAACGCUCGCAUUUUAUCGGAACCUCUUCUUGGCAAAAACACAACUGCAAAAUCUGUGAUGAUUGAUCGAGGAGAAAAUGUUUUACACGAUACUUAUGGUGGAAAAGACUAUUGGGAUGCUAGAAGAAGCAUGGUGUUUUCUCGAGAGUUGCGGAACUUCGCUGCUGACUUUCGAAAAAAGUUUCUUGAUUCUGAUGAUGAAAAAGAUAAAACUAAACUCCCAGAUAACUGGAAAGAUAAUAAAAGAGAAGAUAAUUCUGCUGUAGGUGGGCCUUACAUUGCCGCUCAUGUUCGACGAAAAGAUUUUCUACGUGCAAGAAAAGAACAUGUUCCAAGUAUAAAGAAAGUUGCAGAAAAGUUAUCUAGCGUCAUGAAAGAAUAUAAAGUUGAUAAAAUUUUCAUCGCCUCUGAUGGUACGGAGAAAGAGAUGACAGAACUCGAAAAACUAUUGCCAAAUAUGGUUAGGUACAUCCCAACAUCUGAAGAAGAUAAGAAAUACAAAAAGGGCGGGAUUGCUAUUAUUGAUCAAAUCAUUUGCUCUCAUGCUCGAUAUUUUAUUGGAAGUUAUGAAUCGACUUUUACAUUCCGCAUAACCGAAGAAAGAGAAAUUAUGGGAUUUUCAAAAGAAACGACUUACAAUAGAUUUUGUGGCGAUGAUGAAAAAGAUUGCCAACAACUUACAAAAUGGAGGAUUUCUUGGAAUAGUGACAAAGAAAUAUGGCAGUGAUUUUAGACUCGAAAACGACUAUGGAUUUGUAAAAUUUAUCUUUGUUCAAAUCAUAUGCCUCUAACACCUUUAGUUUAUGUAUCUGCUUAUUAAAACUGGGGUGCUGCCUUUUUGUAAUGUUUCCCUUUUUUAAUGUUCAUCAUUGAGUCACUUUCUUAUAUAUUAUGUUGUAUGGAAUUCUAUUUCAUUACACAGACAUCUAUACCAUCCUCACACUUUGAAAUCUAUUUGUCCUGCCUCAAACUAGGGAAAAGGGUGCUCCAGAAGUGUGUGUACCAAUAUGAGGAUAACUAACUUUGUUCGCCUACUGUACAUCAAGUUGUGCAUAGGGACUGAAACCUAUGGUCGGGGUAUAUUCAUUUGGCUAACACAGACAGUACCCGAACUCGUAAUAGAACUAAAAUAAGAAAAAUAGGAAUAAAAUCAUGGGCUAACCCUAACCUGGUACACACACUACUGGAGUACUAGGAAAAGUUUCAUUUCAAGGUCUUUCAACAUCAAAUUUUCAAAGAACGUCCAAAUGAGAUUCAUAUGAACGUUAUGGUACUCUUAUAAUUUUUUGAAAUCAUAUGCAAUCAAAGGUUCAUCAUAAAAUACUAUAGUAUCUGUAGAGUUAAAUAUCAUUGAAGCGUCUAGAUUAUUUUGUACUGGAAUACCACUAUUGAAUUUUUUGAUAUUGCAGGAUAGUACUGCUUUGAUUCAUUUCUUGCCUUUUGCUGUUGAGAUUACACCUUUUGCAUUUA